AUGCAAAAUAUAACAAAAGAGAGGUAUCGUUAAAUAUAAAGAAUGCAAAAAAUACAAAAGUUCCAAUAUGAAAAUGAUAGUUUAAAGUAUGGUAUAGAGAAUUGUGUUAAUCUAAAUGACCUUAUUAAAUUAGAACAAAAUAAAACCAAAUGUUUUACUAUUGGCUAAUUAUUUAUCAUUACAAACAACAUCGUGGAUUAAUUAUUAAAGGUUUAUCAAAUUUCUAAUUUAUCAAAACUUGAAAUGGAUUCAAUUUAUGUAAAUAAUGAAAAUAAUGAAAUAACCUUUACUAAUAUACAUGUUAACAAAGAUUUGGUUUCUUAUGAAGACAAUCAAAACCAAAUAUUUGAAAUUUCUUAUUAAUUUUUCUUAAAACAUUAAGAGUUUUUGAUAAGUUUAAUUAAUGAAGAUAAUAGAGUAGAUUUAAGCAAGAAAAUAUAAUACAUAACUGAAUUUUCAAAUUAGGUGCUUGAUACAUUGAAAACAGCUAACUAUCAUAAGGAAUUGAACUAGUUUGUAUAAAAAAACAUCAAAGACAAACAACUUAUCCAUGAUAAUUUUAAGGAUGUUAUUGAAAUAGAUUAAUAUAUUAGAUAACCUCAAGCUUUAAAAAAGGUUGAGAUACCCUUACCUAAUGUUUAAUAGAAUCCAUAAAUUUAACAAGAAAAUCCAUAAGUUAAUAAUAAAAAAAUAUAAGAAUAAUAGUAAUAAUAAAAGAUUGGAUAUUAAUUUUAAUAAUUUUAAUAGCCAUAGUAUCAAUAGCGUCAAUACCAACCAUAACAAUUAGAAUAUGAUUAAAGCUAAAAAUUAGAUAUUGUAUCAGAAGAUUUAAAUAUUUAAGAAUAAAUUGAUUAGUCUGGAUACGAAGAUAAUCGAUAAGGUUUAGUUUAAUCCAAAAUUAAUCACCAAUUUUAUACUUUUAUCUAGGGAUAGUUAGAGAAUUUAUAGUUAGGAGAAGAACUUUAUGAUUUCAUGCUUAAUUUUUUUCUAACAAAUUUCAAAUAUCUUUAACAAGAUCAAAUUGUAGCUAAAAUAGAAUUAUUAUAAGACUGCUAUAAUUUUCCAUAAAAUUAAGAGGAAAAUUGUUAGUAAGAUUUUAUUAAACAGUGGUAAAAUAUAAUUACUGAUGGAUUUAUUACAAGCAAAACUAUUGAUUUGAAUGAAGAGAAUGAUCAGGUCCUGUCUAAAUUGACUUCACUAUAUAAGAAUUUAUACGAAUCACAAAUGUAUUGAAAGAUAUAAGUUAAUAUUUUCAUUUAUAAUCAAUGAUAUAAAUUAAUUAAAGGUUAUUAUUAGAGAAUUAAUCUGUAUUA